CGUGACCUGGAAGUAGUUAGUUAUUCUUGCCUGUUUUAUAGCGGUGGAGAAGUUUGCUUAUUAUUUUGCUUUAAUAGCGCUGAAAAAAGAUCACGUUUAAAUGACAAUACAUAGUGAUUAGGUGUAGAACAUCCCUAGUGCAUUAGAUUCUCUAUCAACAUUCAAUUUAAGUAACAACAAUGACAGCCAUCAAGCACGCCCUCCAGAGGGACAUCUUUACGCCCAAUGAUGAGCGUCUCCUCAGCAUCGUCAACGUCUGCAAGGCGGGGAAAAAGAAGAAGAACUGCUUCCUGUGUGCCACAGUCACCACAGAGAGGCCGGUGCAGGUGAGAGUGGUCAAAGUGAAGAAGUCAGACAAAGGGGAUUUCUACAAACGGCAGAUGGCCUGGGAACUGAGGGAUCUGGCUGAAGUGGAUGCAAAAGAUGCCAGCAAGGAGAAUCCAGAGUUUGACCUCCAUUUUGAGAAGGUGUAUCGAUGGGUGGCCAGCAGCACAGCUGAGAAGAAUUCCUUUAUCUCCUGCAUUUGGAAGCUGAACCAGCGUUACCUGCGGAAGAAGGUGGAGUUUGUGAAUGUCAGUUCCCAGCUGCUUGAAGAGCUUCCUAAAGCGGAAGAGUCAGUCCCCAGUGGUGAGAGCCAGAGUGUUGCCGGGGGUGAUGAGGAUGCUCUGGAUGACUACCAAGAGCUGAAUGCACGGGAGGAGCAAGACAUUGAAGGCAUGAUGGAGGUGUGCGAGUAUGCCAUCUCUAACGCAGAGGCCUUUGCUGAGAAACUCUCCAGGGAGCUACAGGUUCUGGAUGGGGCCAACAUUCAGUCCAUCAUGGCAUCUGAGAAGCAGGUGAACAUCCUGAUGCAGCUACUGGACGAGGCUCUGUCGGAGGUGGACACCAUCGAGGGCAAGCUGAGCAGUUAUGAGGAGAUGCUGCAGAGCGUCAAGGAGCAGAUGGACCAGAUCUCCCAGAGCAACCGCCUCAUCCAGAUCAGCAACACCAACAAUGGCAAGCUGCUGGACGAGAUCCAGUUCCUGGUGAAUUAUAUGGACUUGUCGAAGGGACACAUCAGGGCCCUGCAGGAUGGAGACUUGUCCUCGCCCAAAGGCAUUGAGGCCUGUAUCAAUGCUUCUGAGGCUCUACUGCAGUGCAUGAACGUGGCACUUAGACCAGGUCAUGAGAAACUGAUGGCUGUGAAACAGCAGCAGCACCUGUUCACUGAGCUCAGAGAUACCUUUGCCCGGCGCCUCACCAAUCACCUCAACAACGUGUUCGUCCACCAGGGCCAUGACCAGAGCUCCACUCUUUCCCAACACACGGCAGAGCUGACACUGCCUAAACACAGCCCCCUGCACAGGGACCUGCUGAGAUACGCCAAGCUCAUGGAGUGGCUCAAGAACACCCAGAGAGAGAAGUAUGACGGCCUGUCCAGGACCUAUGUUGAUUACAUGACCAGAUUAUAUGAACGAGAAAUCAAAGAUUUCUUUGAGGUGGCGAAGAUCAAAAUGGCAGGCACAACCAAAGAGGGGAAGGGAAAUAAGUUUGCCACGCUUCCACGGAAAGAGAGUGCUCUCAAACAGGAAACGGAAAGCCUGCAUGGCAGCUCUGGGAAGCUGACGGGCUCCACCUCCAGUCUGAAUAAGCUGGCAGUGCAGAGCUCCAGCAGCAGGCGCUCCCAGUCCUCCUCUCUGCUGGACAUGGGCAACAUGUCUGCCUCAGACCUGGAUGUGGCCGACAGGACCAAGUUCGACAAGAUCUUUGAGCAGGUUCUUAGUGAGCUGGAGCCUCUCUGUCUAGCAGAACAAGACUUCAUCAGCAAGUUCUUCAAGCUACAGCAGCACUCCACCCUGGCUCAGGGAGAAGUGGAGUCUGAUGGAGUGGUGCCCUCCAGACAGCCCCCUCCAGGGGAACACAGACACUCAAUGUCAUUGACUGAGAAGGACAUGGUGCGAUUGAUGAUGAACAAGAUCUUCCAGAGCAUUGAGACGGAACUCAACAGCCUCAUCGCCCUGGGAGACAAGAUCGACAGCUUCCACUCCCUGUACAUGCUGGUGAAGAUGAGUCACCACGUGUGGACAGCCCAGAAUGUGGACCCCGCUUCCUACCUCAGCACCACCCUCGGCAAUGUGCUGGUCACCGUCAAGAGAAACUUUGACAAGUGCAUUUCUGGUCAGAUCAGACAGAUGGAGGAGGUGAAGAUCUCUAAGAAGAGCAAGGUGGGCAUCUUGCCCUUUGUCACUGGGUUCGAGGAGUUUGCUGAGCUGGCUGAAACCAUCUUCCGUAAUGCAGAGCGCAGAGGGGACCUGGACAAGGCAUAUGUCAAGCUUAUCAGAGCCGUCUUUAUGAAUGUGGAGAAAGUGGCGAAUGAGAGUCAGAAGACUCCCCGGGACGUGGUGAUGAUGGAGAACUUCCACCACAUCUUCUCCACACAGUCCCGCCUGAAGAUCUCCUGCCUUGAGACAGAGAGGCGAGAGGCCAAACACAAGUACACAGACCAUCUGCAGUCCUACGUCAUCAACUCCCUGGGCCAGCCACUGGAGAAACUCAAUCACUUCUUUGAGGGAGUGGAGGCGCGUGUGGCCCAGGGGGUGCGUGAGGAGGAGGUCAGCUACCAGUUGGCUUUCAAUAAACAGGAGCUGCGUAAAGUUAUCAAGGAGUACCCCGGCAAGGAGGUGAAGAAGGGCCUGGACAACCUGUACAAGAAGGUGGAUAAGCACUUGUGUGAGGAGGAGAGCCUGUUACAGGUGGUGUGGCACUCCAUGCAGGAUGAGUUCAUCCGUCAAUACAAACACUUUGAAGGCUUGAUUGGCCGUUGCUACCCUGGGUCUGGUAUCACCAUGGAGUUUACCAUUGGAGACAUGUUAGAGUACUUCUCAAGCAUUGCCCAGUCCCAUUAAUUACAAUCAUACGCAUUAUAACUUUACACAUGCUCUCAAUUGCUUCAUAGUGCCACACACACAAGAAACACUAUUUACUGAAACCAAUCCGUCAUUGCUGUGUGGCCAAUACGAAGUACAUUAAUUGAAAUUGAAUAAAUGGCACUUGAAAUUGUCUGCAGUACUGGUAUGGAUGGGAAUGAAUUAACAGUUGUAAAAAGUUGUGUGUAGCAGGCUUAAAAGCCUAGCCGACUAGGUGAAAAUCUGCCGUUGUGCCCUUGAGCAAGGCACUUAACCCUAAUUGCUCCUGUAAAUUGCUCUGGAUUAAAGCAUCUGCUAAAUGACUCCUAUGUAAAUGUGUGUGUGUGAGUGAGUGAGUGAGAUCUUAUUUGCACAGAGAUCACAAUGUUACUGAUUUCUUCUGUGAUUUUCCUUUGUUAUAAUGCACAUCGCCUGUACAUCAUAAACUCUUCAAAAUUGUGAGGUUGUGGGCCAAAUACAUGUUAACUUGUAUGACACUACUCAAAAUCUAAAGCCCCCUUCAUCACACUGAUGUCUUGAACUUUGUCACAGAAUGUCAGUCUUCUACUGGAAUAUUUUUGUGUGAUUGCAAACUUUUCAACAUAAUGCCAUAUUGCCAAAUAAAUGUUAAAAUGUCAAA